UCUGGGUUUAUUGUCCCUCAACCGUUAAAUGGACCGUUAAAGUAGAAAUCUAAUCGCGCAACGAUUCUGAUUUUGUUUGGUCUGAAAAAGUGAUACUCACAAUCUAAGCUCCAAAAACUUCAACUUUAAUGUUUGUCUGCGCAAUCUCAAACCAACCAUGGAACUCAACACUCCCCACACUCGUUCUCCUCCCAAUCUGCAAAACCCAAAUCGAUGUAAACCAAAUCCAUGCUCGUCUCAUCACAACUGGGUUCAUCAGAAACACCUCUCUCUCCACCAAGCUCAUCCUCACCUUCUGUUCUUCACCACACGCACCUCUCAUUCAAUUCGCUCGCUACCUUUUCUUCUCUCACCAUUCACACCCAAUCCGAAGCACCCAAUUCGAUCCUUUCCUCUGGAAUGCAGUAAUCAAGUCAUUUUCUCAUGGCGAUGACCCCAAAGAAGCCGUUGUUGUGUUGUCUUGGAUGCUUGAGAAUGGGGUUUGUGUUGACAAGUUUUCGUUGUCUUUGGUUUUAAAAGCGUGUUCGCGGAUGGGUUUGAUUAAGGAAGGAUUGCAGAUUCAUGGGUUGAUGAAGAAAUUUGAAAUUGGGUCUGAUGUGUUUUUGCAGAAUUGUUUGAUUUGUUUGUAUUUGCGAUGUGGGUGUCUUGAAUUUGCUCGCCAGGUGUUUGAUAGAAUGCCGAACAGGGACUCUGUUACGUUUAACUCGAUGAUUGAUGGGUAUGUCAAGUGUGGGAUGGUUAAUUUGGCACGCGAGUUGUUUGAUUUUAUGCCAGGGGAGAUGAAGAAUUUGAUUUCUUGGAAUUCUAUGAUUAGUGGGUAUGCGCAAUCAGAAGAUGGGUUUAAGGUUGCUUGGGAGAUGUUUGAGCAAAUGCGUGAAAAAGACUUGAUUUCUUGGAAUUUGAUGAUCCAUGGCUGUGUGAAGUGCGGGAAGUUGGAAAUUGCUUGUGCUUUGUUUAAUGAGAUGCCAAAAAGAGAUGUUGUUAGUUGGGCCACUAUGAUCGAUGGGUAUGCUAAAUCAGGUAGGAUUGAUAUUGCUAGGGCUUUAUUUGAUAAAAUGCAUGAAAGGGAUGUAAUAUCUUGCAAUGCUAUGAUGGCCGGGUAUGUUCAAAAUGGGUAUUGCAAGGAAGCAUUAAAACUUUUUUGUGAUAUGCAAAGUGGGGGUAAUUUGUCUCCAGACGAUACCACUUUGUCAAUUGCUCUUUCUGCAGUCGGGCAGUUGGGACACGUUGAUGAAGGGGUAGCAAUACAUUGCCACAUAAAGGAAAAAGGGUUUGUUUUGGGUGGAAAACUUGGUGUUGCCCUCAUAGACAUGUAUUCCAAGUGUGGCAACAUAGAGAAUGCCAUGUGGAUAUUUGAGGAUGUAGAGCACAAAAGUGUUGAUCAUUGGAAUGCUAUGAUUGGUGGAUUGGCCAUUCAUGGCUCAAGUGAAUUGGCUUUUGAAUUGUUCAUGGAGAUGGAAAGGCUUUCUGUAGAACCAGAUGAUAUCACGUUCAUUGGAAUCUUAAAUGCUUGUGGGCAUGGUGGUUUGGUGAAGGAAGGUAUGAUGUGUUUUGAGCUUAUGAGAAGAGUUCACAAGGUGGAGCCUAAACUCCAACACUACGGGUGCAUGAUUGACAUCCUUGGACGUUCAGGAAGCAUAAAAGAAGCUGUGAAAUUUAUUGAGGAAAUGCCCAUUGAACCAAAUGAUGUGGUUUGGAGGACUUUGGUCAGUGCUUGUAAGAAUCAUGAAAGUUUCAACAUCGGCGAGCCAGCAGCUAAGCAUCUUAUUGACCUAGAUUCUUGUAAUUCAAGCGCCUAUGUCCUUCUCUCUAAUAUUUAUGCCGGUUAUGGUAUGUGGGAUGAUGUUAGGAAAGUGAGGACAGCGAUGAAAGAAAAAGAGCUAAAGAAAAUUCCAGGCUGCAGUUGGAUUGAACUUGAUGGAAUUGUUCAUAAGUUCUUUGCCGGGGAUAAAUCUUAUCCUCAAGUUGGAGAGAUCUAUUCAAUGUUAGACGGAUUUUAUGCACUGAAUUCAUAGGUCACCUACUGUGGGCUCUGAAGGUGAGGUUGAGUUGGAAAUGAUGGAUUUGAAGUUAGAAAUUCAUUGGUGGAUAACUAACUAGCUUGUUGUAAGCCAAAUGUAAGUAUCUAGAAUUCCCUCUUUUCAUUUUUUAGUUUUUGGUAAUAACAUAUAUUCAUAAUGAUAAGCUUAGAUUUAACAAUCAACUCUGUAGCUUUGUUGGUUGGAUGGCAUUACUGUCUUCCUUACACCCUGUACACCAUAUGGAUUUUACCCAUCUACUUGUAAAUUUUGGAAGAAAAAAUUUAGAGGGCAAUUCAAUUUGAAUUCAUUGGAUUGUCAAUGUCUAGUCAAAUACAUUUCUCUGAA